CUGUGGUCUCCCAUGUUCUGGUCCCUCUCCCUCUCUGUCAUUCGCCUCAAUGGCUGCUCCCAACAUACCUCCGAGCUCUAGUUGUUUCCGAACACGACAGACUCAUCUCUCGAGCAUCACACGUUUUGUUUCUCAUUCUUCUUCGGUCCUUCACUUCCCGAAACAGUCCGCAAAAGAGGAAGAAGGUGAUUUGUGUUUCGUCCAAAGCCCGAAAACUCACCAACUGCCUCACUGGAACUUCCUCCAGAAGGCCGCAUCCUCCGUCCUUGACAAGGUGGAGUCGGUCCUGCUGACCACGGAGCGGAAACACCCGCUCCCCAAGACCACCGAUCCUCAUGUCCAAAUCUCCGGGAACUUUGCUCCGGUGUCGGAGCAGCCUGUGUGUCACAACCUCUCGGUCAUCGGGGCAAUCCCAGAGGGCAUCCAAGGCGUCUAUGUCCGGAAUGGGGCCAACCCGCUGUUCGAGCCGGUGGGCGGGCACCAUUUGUUUGACGGGGAUGGGAUGGUUCAUGCGGUCACUAUUAAAGGGGGUUCUGCCAGCUAUGCCUGCCGGUUCACGGAGACGCAGCGCCUGGUCCAGGAGAGGGAACUGGGCCGCCCAAUUUUCCCUAAGGCCAUUGGUGAACUGCACGGACAUGCAGGUAUUGCUCGGCUGCUUCUUUUCUACACCAGAGGACUCUUCGGCCUUGUCGACCAUAGCCAUGGCACCGGAGUGGCCAACGCGGGCUUGGUAUAUUUUAACAAUCGACUUCUCGCCAUGUCAGAGGAUGACCUCCCUUACCAAGUAAGAAUCACGCCUUCUGGAGACUUAGAAACUGUCCGUCAAUAUGACUUUGACAAUCAGCUCAAGUCCUCGAUGAUCGCUCACCCGAAGGUGGACCCCGUCACCAAGGAGCUCUUUGCCUUAAGCUACGAUUUGGUUCGAAAGCCAUAUCUCAAGUACUUCCGGUUCUCUCCUGAAGGAAAAAAGUCGCAAGACAUGGAAAUUCCUUUGCGUGAACCGACCAUGAUGCAUGACUUUGCAAUCACUGAGAACUACAUAGUAAUCCCCGACCAACAAGUCGUAUUCAAGCUCCAAGAAAUGAUCGGAGGUGGCUCUCCGGUGAUCUACGACAGUAACAAGAUGUCUCGGUUUGGGAUUCUAAGAAAAAAUGCUGAUAGUGCCUCCGGUAUCAUAUGGGUUGAAUCACCAGAUACAUUUUGCUUCCAUCUAUGGAAUGCAUGGGAGGAGCCUGAGACCGAUGAACUCGUAGUGAUUGGGUCAUGCAUGACACCUCCGGACUCAAUCUUCAAUGAAAAGGAUGAGAGCUUAAAGAGCGUGUUAUCUGAAAUAAGACUGAACUUAAAGGACGGGAGAUCCACAUGCCGUCCGAUAAUAACAGCCCCCGAUCACGUAAACUUGGAGGUUGGCAUGGUAAACCGGAAUCUUCUGGGGAGAAAGACGCGUUACGCUUACCUUGCAAUUACUGAGCCAUGGCCUAGGGUGUCGGGUUUCGCUAAAGUCGAUCUCCGCUCUGGUGAAGUGAGGAAGUACAUCUACGGCCAUGGAAAAUAUGGAGGCGAGCCAUUCUUCUUGCCUCAGGCGGACUCCGAUUCUGAAUCCAGAGAAGAUGAUGGUUAUGUUCUUGGUUUUGUCCACAACGAGAAAACAAGGAAAUCCGAGCUUCAGAUCGUAAACGCUUCGAACUUGAAGAUGGAAGCUUCUAUCAAGUUGCCUUCUAGGGUUCCUUAUGGCUUUCACGGCACGUUUAUCGACUUGAAGGAUUUGGCAAACCAAGAUUAAAUCGUUCUUUGGAUCACAUUACCAUUUAGUUAGUUAAUUAGUAGUUGCAUCGAGACCAUAACACAAUAUGGUUAGACAAUAUGUUGAUGUCUUUGUGCUUAUUCAGAUAGGUUUGAGAAAUAACUUGAAGGCCAUCUUCCUUUCGAACA